AGUUCUGCAGAGGACCAAGGCUCUUCCAGAACCCACGAAUGGUGCACUGUGAAUGUUUGUUAAAGGAACGGUUUGUUUAAGUCCAGCCCCAGUUACAAAUUUACAGGAUCUUAACUUUGCGGCAUGUAAACAGCCACAGCCACAAGAUGGCUAAGAAACCACUUGCUAAACAGCUCUGUCAAAUCUAACAGAGGCGUAAGAGAGCUGAAUUUUAUGAGGAGGUACAGUGAAUAUCAUGUGAAGAAACGGAGGGUUUCUGAAUCCUGCUGCUUGGGUGGCCCCAGAAAGCAAAGAUGAACGCUUUGGUGGAAGAAGAGGGCGGCUGCACAUUGUGAAUGUUCUGGCAUGGAUCUGUAUGAGGAUUACAAAUCACCUUUCGAUUUCAAUGCUGGAGUGAACAGAAAUUAUCUUUACCUGUCGCCUGGCAUAAACCUUUCUCCACCUGGAUCACCUACACUGGCAAAGUCAGGGCUGCUGAGAAGUGACUCUAUACCUGAGGUUGGAGAGGAUGCUGCUGCUACAGUUAGUAUGGCAGAAACACUCUCAGAAGAAGAACAGGAUGAGCUAAGAAAAGAGCUUGCUAAGGUGGAAGAGGAAAUCCAGACACUCUCACAAGUGCUGGCUGCCAAAGAGAAGCAUCUAGCAGAAAUAAAGAGAAAGCUGGGAAUUAACUCAUUACAGGAACUAAGGCAGAACAUUACCAAAAGCUGGCAAGAUGUUACAUCAACCACGGCAUACAAGAGAACAUCAGAAACCCUGUCUCAGGCUGGUCAGAAGGCUUCUGCAGCUUUUUCAUCUGUUGGUUCAGUCAUAACGAAGAAGUUUGAGGAUGUUAGAAAUUCUCCUACUUUCAAAUCCUUUGAGGAAAAAGUUGAAAGCCUGAAGGUUCCUUCAGAGAAAUCUGAAUCCUUUGCAUCCAUGUUGAGACGCUCUCCUUUAAUUCAAAUGGGACCUGCCAAAGAUAAAAUUGCCAUCGGUCGAAUAUUCCAUGUUGUAGAAGAUGAUCUGUAUAUAGAUUUUGGUGGGAAGUUUCACUGUGUGUGCAAAAGACCGGAAAUAGAUGGAAAAAAAUAUCAGAGAGGAACCCAAGUACGCCUGAGACUGGUGGAUCUUGAGCUCACAUCUAGGUUUUUGGGUGCAACAACUGACACAACGUUGCUGGAAGCUGAUGCGGUGCUUUUAGGGCUUGUAGAAGCCAAGCAAACAAAGCAAAAGGAGUAAAUGUCAUGUUAAAAAUGCACUUUGUGCUCUCUAGCAAAUUAUACAAUCAACAUGUUUCCUCAGGAAAUAAAUGAGAACUUUGUCUGCUUGGUUAUGUAAAUAAUGAGAUCAAUAAAAGGCAAUAAGCACAUUGUACCU